AUGGGAGCUAAUCAAUCUUGUACAAUGUGUGUUAAUCCACAAGAACAUAGAGGAGACCUCAAUUAGUCUAGAAGGAAGGUAAAAGGAGGAAUUUUCAUGAGUUCUUCUUCUUCUUCAUCAUCUAAUGGCUCUUCUCUUUCUUCAUCCUAUUUUUCAUAAAAUUAAAUUAAAACAUAAGAAUAAUAACCAGAAGGCAAGCUAUACUAGCUGCAAUCUAAAAUAGAAUUUAAAGACUCUAAAAUAAGAUAGUAAGUAACUGAAGCUAAGCCAAGUGAGAAGACCUCUGAGUCCAUUUCUUAUGAUUUCUCCAACUUUGAUUAUUGCAGAGAACAACAAAUCAUAAAAUCUAUCUUAGAGGCCUACAAUGAUGACCUUAAGCAAAAUCAAUUUGAAUUCACACAAGCACCUAAUGAAAAUACUAACAUCAGUUAGUUGAGUGGUGGCUCUUUAUUGAAUUAGUUAAACGAACUAGAUACCCCAAAGGAAAUUAAACCUAGAAACUUUAAAAUAGCUUUCUAAGCUAACUAAUCAAGAAAUAACUCACUUCAAAGAAGAUCUACCAGUACUACUUAUAAAAAUUAAAGAAAAGCUAGCUAGAAUUUAAGAUAAAAUAGCUAAAAAAAUGUUAAGCAGAGUGUUUUAUAAAAUGAAAAAAUUACUUUUUCUCAAUUUGAAAUAGUAAAAACUCUUUGCGAAAACAAACUAAGUAAGGUCUACUUAUGUCAAAAGGACAAAGUGCCUCUUGCUAUGAAAGUUAUCAAAAAAUCAGAUCUAAAAUACACUAAUCAACUAGAAAAUAUAUGGAGAGAGAGAAAAAUUUUAGAAAAAUUAGAUAGCUCUUAUACUGUUAAGUUAGAAUAUGCCUUCACAGACUAAGAAAAUAUAUAUUUGGUAACAGACUAUAAACCUCACGGAACAUUAAAGCAGUUUAUUAUAUCUAGAAAAGUUCUUUAACUCCAAGAAAUUAAAAGGAUACUAGCCUAAAUAAUUGCUUGUUUGUAAUAUCUACAUGAAGAGUAAAGUAUCUUAUAUAGAGGCCUUUAAUUAGAUAAUAUAUUGCUUGAUGAAUUGAUGAAUGUUUGUCUUUGCGAUUUUGGCAAUUCUAAAUUUAUUAAAUCAAAAAGAUAAAUAAAUACAUCUUUUGUUUUUGAUUUAAGAGAAGAAAAUUAAAGUCCUGAAUAAAUUAGACAAAAACAUUAGGAAGCAUCUAGCGAUUAUUGGUAACUUGGAAUUAUAGCUUAUCAAAUGAUAUACAGAAAGCAUCCUUUUAAAGCUCAAAAUAGAAAAUAAACAUUAAAUAAUAUUCAUAAUAGCUCGGCUUCUUCUGUUUCAUAUCCUCCUUUCUCAUAUAAUAGUGAGCCAGUUCCUUCAGAAUUUAUUGAUUUUAUAUAAUAUUGUCUAAAAUAAGAUAAAUCUUUAAGACCUAAGUCUUUUUAUGAUAUUUAAUAAACACCCUUGUUUUAAGGCUUUGAUUGGUAAGAGCUUUUAGAAACUUAUACCUCAAAAUACACCUAAGCACAUGAUACCUUAAACCCUUGCUGCAACAUAAAAGUUGUAAACAAUAAACUAUUAGAGCUAUCUUGUGAUUAAAAUCCCUUUUUCUUAAACUCAAUUAAUGAUUCAUUGUGUUUACUUGAAAAUAACGAAGACGUUGCAACAACAAUAGUUCUUAACACAAAAAAUAAUUUAAAUAAUAACACAAGCUCUUCGAUUUCUAAAUAAAAAAGUAGCUGUCUGAAAUCAAAUGCUGAUUAGAGCUCUCAAAUUGAAAAUAAUGAAAUACCCCCUUUUGAAAAAGACGAAAUUUUAAAACCUUAAUAGCAAAAAUAAAAGAAAAGAAGCACAUUUAUAGCUAGAACAAAUAACAACAGUAGACAAAUUUCAAACUCUCGUUUAUCUUAAAUCUAAUAACUAAAAUAAAAUAGCUCUAUAGAUGGAGACGAUGAGAAUAAUCCAAAUGAACCAGAAUCUUAUCCAGACCCAAAAAUAGAAAUUUUAAAAAAUAAUAAAAAGUAAAAGCAUGCAAAUUUUGAAAAAUGCUAAAUAAUAGUUAAUGAAUAGCAUUGA